AUGGCGCGUGCGAGCAACGUAACGAUGGGGAUCCUCUAUUUUAUCGUGUUUGUGGAUUUUUUCCAGAUCAGCUUCGUCUUCCCGCUGAUGCCCGAGAUCGUCAUGAAGGUCUGCAACACCACCGACGGCGCAAGCCAGAUAGGUAUCUUGGGCAGCGUCGCAGCGGCUGCGGAAGGCUUCGCCGCUCCGCAGUUGGGUGCACUUGCCGACCGCUUCGGCAGGCGGCCCAUCUUCAUCCUGGCCAUGCUUGGAAGUGCUGUCACGUCGGCCCUCAUCGGGGAGUCGACAACCUUCUGGUUCCUCCUGGUGGCGCGCCUUCUGCAAGGCAUCUGCGGUGGCACGGCAGGCGUGGCGGGCGCGUACAUCGCCGACGUCACCGACGAAUCGGAGCGAGCCACAUAUAUGACGUACUUCCAGGCAGCCAUAUUCGCGGGGCUCAGCGGUGGGCCUUCGGUGGGUGGCUGGAUGAACAAGAUUGGCGGUUACAAGAUGGCAUGCCUGGGCGCUUCUGGGAUAUGCGCAGUGAACCUUGUCCUCAUCGUGUUCUUCCUGCCCGACUCGAGGGCCUUCAGGGAUCCCGCGAUCAUCGCGCAGGAGGAGGAGGCCGCCCGGGCGGGCGCGGCAGGGGACGCUCCGGCUGCUUCCGCUCCGAGGCUACCCCUUGUGGCGUGGGUCAUCUGCAUCGUGAUGUUUCUCACGUCGCUACCCUUCACAGCAUUUGAGGUGAUGGGCGUGCUGUACCUGCAAGAUGAAAUCUUUCAAGACGCGGGCGAUCCUUUGAAAGAGGCCACGUCGUGGUUUUCGAUCAUGGUCACUGGCGUUGGUGUUGUGGGCCUCGUUGUAAACCUUAUCUUGUAUGCACCGAUCGUCGCCAGAACUGGAAUCAAAGGCAGUAUUGCCCUCGGCGGCAUUUUCUCGGCAGUGUCAUUUGCGAUGGUGGGAGUGCCUGCGAACAAGUGGUGGUUCUUCGGAUUCUGCCAGGGCAUCGUGUUUGGUGAGAAUAUGAUGGGCACUAGCGUCCAGACUAUCAUCACCUUCGUCGUCCCGCCGUCCAUGUUCGGCUCGGCCAUCGGCUGGAUGACACUGUUCGGCAACGUGGCGCGCGCCGUGGGACCGUACUCCGUGACCCCGAUCUACCAGCAUGUCAGCCACACUUUGCCCUGGUUCCUGGCGGCUGGCGUCAAGGCCCUGGCCAUGCUCAUCUGCCUCGCCACUCCGACGAAGCCGCCCGCGGUGGCCGCCGCCGAGCCCAGCGGCCACCCCGAGCCCGAGGCCAACGGUCCCGCCACGGAGUUCCUCCGGCAGGUCUCCGACACCUCCCUCCGAGCCGCCACCGUGCGGCAGCUCAGCCGGCAGGGCAGCCGCGCCUUCGCCUUCCCUGGCGCGAGCGCCGCCGCCGAGGUGGAGCAGCUCGCCUCCCGCCCCGGGGGCGCCGCGGGGGCGCGCGCGCUGGCGCGGGCGGUCACCUGGAGCCCGGGCCUGCUCGGCUGA